GCGAGGCGAGAGCCGAGCCGCAGCGGCUGACGCUCGCGUUGCUGUGUUGAAUGUGGAACGUUGCACGUUCGCAGUCGCUGUCGCUUUUGUUGCCGUUGUGCGCGUAUUUGCCGACGCGGUUUUGGCCCGAAUCGAACAUAUCUAAAUGUGUAAAAUGUGUACCAGAAAUUAAAGAACUAAACGGAGAUAUUAUACCUUUGAACUUGAUUGAAGCUAAUUGAAAUGCCGCAACGCACACCGAGUCCCGUGGCCAUGAGCGCCACACGCAGCUGCAGCAGUCCGGCCGUAUCCGAAAUCUCCGUGGGCUCGCCCAGUCCGCCGCCGAUGCCGCUCAACAUGAAACGCCUGCGUAUGCUGCGCAGUCCGGCGACCAUACGCAAGUGCAGCCAGCCGGGCGCCGGCGAGCGCAUCAAAAGCUUCUCCAUAGCCGAUAUACUGGGCCGGGCGGAUGAGGAGCGCCCGGCUGUGGCGCCCACAGAGCGCCUGCAAGCGCCACAGCCCGUGGUGGCAACAGCGGCGCCGGCCAUGCUGCAUCCGGGACUGCAUCCGUUUCUGCCGCCGGCGCUGCUGCACAGCUAUGAGCAGCGCCUGGCGUGGGACUAUCAGCGCCAGCUGCAGGAGCACUUCCAGGCGCAGCUGCUGCGCCAGAUGAGCCUGGAUCCCGCCAGAAUACCCAUACCCUCCGAGGAUGGCAGCUCCGAGGAGCGCUCGCAGCGCUCCAGCAGCAGCAAUGGCAGCACCGACUGCUGCACGCCCCGCCAAGGCCAGGCCAAGCCAGAGGAGAAAUCAAAGCAAAUAGUUGCACAGAAUUCUGAUCCCGGCCAGAAACCAGCAGCGGGCGCCGAUACGCCGCUCGAUGCGCUCUUUCAGCUAUCGACCAAAAACUUUGACGAGGAGCAGG